UGCAAAUAAAAAUACUAAUUUCUCUUUUAUAUAUCCACUAAUAUUUUCUAUUAUGAUGAAACAUUUAUUUACUUCGUUUCUUGCCUUCGAAUUUGGAGCUUAGAAAAUUGAAUUCCCCAAAAUUUAUCAUUGAGAAUAUUUUCUUAGUGAUGACUCGAGUUUAGAAAUUAUCCUAGAAAAUUGGUUGGGUUGAAAUAAUCGCCUCUAUACCCUAUAGAUAAGUAUUCGCUUCCAUAAGUAUCGUUGCUAACCAGUUUCAUCUACCUCGUUACAAACAUACCCGACUUCGCUUUCUUUUGGAACCAAACCAACACAAGAGUUGGGAAGUACACAAUCCGCGCCUCCUAUCCACUUUUAUUAGAGAGAGGGAGUGAGAAGACUACGGGAAACCAAGACAAAAAUGAAGCUGAAAGUGUACGCUGAUCGGAUGUCCCAGCCGUCUCGGGCCGUUAUUAUCUUCUGCAAGGUUAAUGGUAUAGACUUCGACGAAAUCAAAGUGGAUGUGUCCAAACGCCAGCACUUGUCUGCUGAGUUCAAAGAAAUAAACCCUAUGGAGAAAGUUCCAGCUAUUGUUGAUGGAAGAUUUAAGUUGUUUGAGAGUCAUGCAAUUCUUAUCUAUAUUGCUUGUGCAUUUCCUGGAGUCCCAGAUCACUGGUAUCCGGCUGAUGUUUCCAGGAGAGCGAAGAUCCAGUCAGUAUUGGAUUGGCAUCACUCUAAUCUACGCCAGGGCGCAGCCUUGUUUGUUUUCAAUACCGUACUGGCACCAGCACUUGGGUUUCCCCUGAAUCCACAAGCAGCUUCUCAAGCCGAGAAACUUCUAUCCUCAUCUCUGUCAAAAAUAGAGUCCAUUUGGCUCAAGGGGAAUGGACGCUUCUUGCUGGGUGGCUUUCAACCAUCCAUAGCGGAUCUUAGCCUUGUUUGUGAGAUUAUGCAACUAGAGGUUUUGGAUGAGAAGGAUCACAGCCGUAUACUAGGCCCACACAAGAAAGUUCAGCAGUGGAUUGAGGAUACGAGAAAUGCAACAAGACCUCACUUUGAUGAAGUACAUACCAUCCUCUAUAAAGCCAAAACAAAACUUGCAGUGCAGCGAUCAGUGCGUGCAAACAGUGAGACAGAGUCUAGCAUAAAAAAGUUGCCUUCAAAGAUGUGAAAACCGUGUUGCUGUUUAUUAAGCAUUGUAAAUGUCAUAUUUUACAAUGCUGAGCGUUGUAGAAAGAUUAUGUAAUAAACUCUUAGGAUUUGUCAUGUGGAUCAAGGCUAUGAUUGGCAUUGAAAAUGUGAACUAGAAACCAGCAGUUUCGCCUGAUGGGUCACAAAUGCCUGAUUUAUCAAGUCAUCCAGCAAAUUACAAGGAGUUCAUGUGAAAUAAUGUAAAAUUUAUUUUAGCAUUCAAAUGCGUUUGGAUUUA